AGGGGAGGGCGGGGCCAGUAGGGGGACCUGCUGCUGGAAGAGCAGCGGCCCGAGCCGGGGCCAUGGCGAAGCUACUGAGCUGCGUCCUCGGCCCCCGGCUCUACAAAAUCUACCGGGAGAGGGACUCAGAAAGGGCCCCAUCCAGCGUCCCUGAGACUCCAACUUCAGUCACUAAUCCCCCUACCAGCUCCUGGGAUACAUACUAUCAGCCCCGUGCCCUGGAGAAACAUGCGGACAGCAUCCUGGCACUGGCUUCAGUCUUCUGGUCCAUCUCUUAUUACUCCUCUCCCUUCGCCUUCUUCUACUUGUACAGGAAAGGUUACUUGAGUUUGUCCAAAGUGGUACCGUUUUCUCACUAUGCUGGGACAUUGCUGCUGCUACUGGCAGGCGUGGCCUGCCUCCGAGGCAUUGGCCGCUGGACCAACCCCCAAUACCGGCAGUUUAUCACCAUCUUAGAAGCAACACAUCGGAACCAGUCUGCAGAAAAUAAGAGGCAGCUUGCCAACUACAACUUUGACUUCAGGAGCUGGCCAAUUGACUUCCACUGGGAAGAACCCAGUAGUCGGAAGGAGUCUCGAGGGGGCCCUUCCCGCCGGGGUGUGGCCCUACUUCGCCCAGAGCCCCUACACAGGGGAACAGCAGACACCCUCCUCAAUCGUGUUAAGAAACUGCCUUGUCAGAUCACCAGCUACCUGGUGGCACACACUUUGGGGCGCCGGAUGCUAUAUCCAGGCUCUGUAUACCUGCUCCAGAAGGCCCUCAUGCCUGUGCUGCUCCAGGGCCAGGCCCGGUUGGUGGAAGAGUGUAACGGCCGCCGGGCAAAGCUGCUGGCCUGUGAUGGCAAUGAGAUUGACACCAUGUUUGUGGAUCGGCGGGGGACAGCUGAGCCCCAGGGACAGAAGCUGGUGAUCUGCUGUGAGGGGAAUGCCGGGUUCUAUGAGGUGGGCUGUGUCUCCACGCCCCUGGAAGCUGGAUAUUCAGUCCUGGGCUGGAAUCAUCCUGGCUUUGCUGGAAGCACGGGGGUGCCUUUUCCUCAGAAUGAAGCCAACGCCAUGGAUGUGGUGGUCCAGUUUGCCAUCCACCGCCUGGGUUUCCAGCCCCAGGACAUUAUCAUCUACGCCUGGUCCAUUGGUGGCUUCACUGCCACAUGGGCAGCUAUGUCCUACCCAGAUGUAAGUGCUGUGAUCCUGGAUGCCUCCUUUGAUGACCUGGUACCCUUGGCUUUGAAGGUCAUGCCAGACAGCUGGAGGGGCCUGGUGACCAGGACUGUGAGGCAGCAUCUCAAUCUAAACAAUGCAGAACAAUUGUGCAGGUACCAGGGCCCCGUGCUACUGAUCCGGAGAACCAAGGAUGAGAUCAUCACCACGACGGUUCCUGAAGACAUCAUUUCCAACCGAGGCAAUGACCUGCUUCUGAAGUUCCUGCAGUUUCGGUAUCCUCGUGUGAUGGCAGAGGAAGGCCUUCGUGUGGUGAGGCAGUGGUUGGAGGCCUCCUCACAGCUGGAAGAAGCCUCUAUUUAUAGCCGAUGGGAGGUGGAAGAGGACUGGUGUCUGUCUGUCCUCCGUUCCUACCAGGCAGAACAUGGGCCUGACUUCCCCUGGAGUGUGGGGGAGGACAUGAGUGCAGAUGGACGGCGGCAGCUGGCUCUGUUUUUGGCUCGGAAGCAUCUGCACAAUUUUGAGGCCACACACUGCACCCCACUUCCUGCCCAGAACUUCCAGAUGCCCUGGCACCUCUAGGGACCACAUUGGAACACAUGGAAGAACAGGAUGGGGGAGACAUGAGGGAGGACCCUCUUAUUCGUGAUUCUCUAUGUUCAUGUUGCUGUUUGUAGUUUGUGGAAAGUGGGGGACCAUCCCCCUCCUUACCACAGUUCCUCUUGCACGUUUCCCCUCAUUCACGUGACAGCACCUAACCUUCCCCUAUACAUAUCCUGCAUUAAAUGAAUGGAUUAUUCCUAAUAAUUAAUAUAAAAAGGUAUUUUUUCUACUA